UCUGUCCCCACCCCAGUGUCCUGGCACCAUCAUGGACGGCCGGCUCCUGCCUCAGCUGCUGUCCGUGCUGCUGCUCUGGGCCUUGAGCCUGAGGGGCCAGGAGGAAGCCCCCGCGGAGGAGGAGGAUGGGGUUUUAGUGCUAAAUCAGAGCACCCUGGGCCAGGCACUGCGUGAGCACCCUGCCCUGCUGCUGGAAUUCUACGCCCCCUGGUGUGGGCACUGCAAAGCCCUGGCCCCUGAGUACAGCAAGGCGGCCCAGAUACUGGCAGCAGAGUCUAGCAAAGCACGGCUGGCCAAAGUGGACGGGCCCUCGGAGCCAGAGCUGACCAAGGAGUUUGCUGUGACGGGGUACCCCACGCUCAAGUUCUUCCGGGACGGAAACCGCACUCACCCUGAGGAGUACACAGGCCCCCGGGAGGCUGAAGGCAUCGCCGAGUGGCUGAGGAGGCGUGUGGGGGCCAGUGCCACGCGGCUGGAGGACGAGGAGGGAGCCCGGGAGCUGAUUGAGGCCCGGGAUGUGGUGGUUGUUGGCUUCUUCCAGGACCUAGAGGGAGAGGACCUGGCCACCUUCCUGGCACUGGCCCAAGAUGCCCUGGACAUGACCUUUGGCUUCACGGACCGUCCGCAGCUCUUCGAGAAGUUUGGUCUCACGAAGGACACCGUGGUCCUCUUCAAGAAGUUUGAUGAGGGCCGCGCAGACUUCCCCGUGGACGAGGAGCUGGGCCUGGACCAGGGGGACUUGUCCCGCUUCCUCCUCACACACAGCAUGCGACUGGUUACGGAGUUCAACAGCCAGACGUCACCCAAAAUCUUUGGGGCCAGGAUCCUCAACCACCUGUUGCUGUUCAUCAACCAGACACUGAGUCCCCACAGGGAGCUGGUGGCAGGCUUUGGAGAGGCAGCUCCACCAUUUCGGGGAGAGGUGCUGUUCGUGGUGGUAGACGUGGCUGCAGACAAUGGCCACGUGCUGCAGUACUUUGGCCUCAAGGCCGAGGCGGCCCCCACACUGCGUUUCAUCAAUGUGGAGACCACCAAGAAGUACGCGCCAACAGACGGGAACCCCGUCACCGCAGCCUCUGUCACUGCCUUCUGCAACUCGGUCCUUGGCGGUGAGAUCAAGCUGGUACCCUACCCCCCCCGCAGCCCUUAUCUCCUGAGCCAGGACCUCCCCCCGGACUGGGACCAGAAGCCGGUCAAGACCCUUGUGGGCAAGAAUUUUGAGCAGGUGGCCUUUGACGAGACCAAGAACGUGUUUGUUAAGCUUCAUGCCCCCUGGUGCACCCACUGCAAGGAGAUGCCCCAGCCUGGGAGGAAUGGCCGAGAAAAGUACAAGGACCAGGAGGCCAUCAUCAUCGCUGAACUGGACGCCACAGCCAAUGAACUGGAGGCCUUUGCCAUCCACGGCUUCCCCACACUCAAGUACUUUCCUGCCGGCCCCCCGGGCCGCAAGGUGAUCGAGUACAAGAGCACCAGAGACCUGGAGACUUCUCCACGUUCCCUGGACAGCGGGGGCGAGCUACCCGCCGAAGAGCUAGUCCCGGAGGCACCGGACAAUAACACACGGGAGCCCAAGGAGGAGCUGUAGGCUCCCCGUUCCGUGCCCAAAUAAAGGACUUGUUCUGGA